AUGUCUGCUCCUCCUCCCCCGCCGACGCUCCCCGACCUGGAUUCCGGACCGCGCAGCUUCAUCACAACCGAUCAGGACCAUGGAGGCAUCGCGCUCACGAUUUCGACGUUGAUGGCAACGUGGGUGGUGCUGUGCUUCUUCGUGCGUAUCUACAUGAGAGCGACAGUCUCCGGCCCCUUCGGAAUGGACGACAUUGUGUGCAGCAUAGCGACGAUAUUCGGCGUCAUACAAAUGAUCGUUUCCUCGGCUGCUGUGUCUUUUGGAUUCGGAAAAGCGCUUGAACUGCUGACCGAGGCGCAAAUCGAUCAAGCUUCGAAGGCGGUGUAUGCGGCGCAACUGCUCUACAUUGUCACGAACACUCUAACAAAGUGUACUGUUGCGCUUCUGCUUGCGCGCAUCGUUUUCAUCAAGAGCCGUGUCUACGCUUGCUACGGAGUUCUCGCAGCUUCAGUCGUUUGGGGCGUGGGAUCGUUCCUUGCAGAAGCCAUUCGAUGCACAGGUAGCCCGCCUUGGAAGACUGUGGGAUCGCAAUGCAGCAAUCUCUUCCUCGCGUGGCAAGUGAUCACUGCCUUCAAUGUAAUCCUUGAGGCGGUGCUCCUUGCAGUCCCUGUUUGGCUUGUUUGGGGCCUGCAAACUGAUCUCAUGAGGAAAUUCACCGUAGUUGCUGUUUUCUGGCUACGAUCACCAGUUAUCGUCGCAGCACUCAUUCGCAUUCAUUUCCUUGGAAACACAAUCGGAUCUCCCGAACCUCUACUCCGAGGCGUCGUGCCAUUCAUUCUCCUGAACGUGGAGAUGCACUACGGCCUCAUGGCAGCCACAAUGCCUACGCUCAAACCGUUCGUUGGAGCUUUCAAUACCGGCUGGGGAACAUACGACACCACCGGUCAAAGCGGCUACGGCCAGAAUAGCAGCGGGUCGUAUGCCAUGCAAUCCCUGGACAGGAGGAGCAAUAAGAGCAAGAAGGCAGGGUCCAAGCAGAAUAGUGCCCUGAGGAGCACCGACAGAGACCCGCCCUCGUUCAGCAAGAACAUCACACAUAUCCGCUCCAUACCAGUCAGGGAUGCCGACUCACCGAGAGCGCAAUCGGCGGAGAGCUCGGAGUCGCAACAGAUGAUUAUCCGUCAGACACUCACAACAGAGGUGCAUUACGAGGAAGAGGAGGCGCGGCGGCGGGAACUCAACUCCAGCAGGGGGAACGACUCGAUUGAUUACAACUUGCAUGUCAAGCAACAAUGA